UUCCUCUCGGCGUCAGCGAACACGUCCAGUUCAAGGAGCGUCGCUCAGCUGAUUCUUUACGACGGGGCGCAUGCGCCGACUGACCGCAGACGCUAGAGACACGUGAAUGCGCGUGUAAAUGCAUGUAAACACUAAACUGCUAAACAUGACAGUCCGGGUAUGACAAAUGUCGAGGAGACUCACCGGCGUGUUUGCGGACUCCCCGAGGUUUGCCUGAGAGGACCCGAUGCCGCUCGGCAGCAAGCCGGCAUGCGUCAAGUGCGGGACUCGCGAGACUCCUUUGUGGCACUCGACCGAAACCGGUAACUUGUGUAACGCCUGCCUAGAGGAUGAACGGAAUGCCGAGGCGAGUGUGUCCUCCAAGACGGACGAGGAAGACAAGAGCGGAUCGCUGAAGCCCAGAAGGAGCACACGGAUUACGAGAUUUUGUUAUUCGAAGGCAACGGGGCCGCACAGAAUAGUACCCAAAGGCAAGGGUCGUAGAAAUCUGUUCAAGAAAACACCGGUCAAGGCGCCCACAGCUACAGCGACUCCAGUCACCAGCAACUUUGUGUUUUACAAGAGCACAUAUUUUCAAAUUGGAGAUGUGGUCUCCCUGCAGGAUAUAGAUGGUGGCAUUUAUUACGGCCAGAUACGUGGAUUGUUGACUGAUCAAUAUUGUGAAAAGAGCGCUGCUAUUACCUGGCUGUUACCUACCACAGCAAGUCCUCCACCGGAAGAAGGCUUCAUUCCUGAGACAUACAUAAUCGGACCUGAGGAAGAAUUACCUCGUAAAUUAGAGUGCAUGGAAUUUGUAAUGCAUGCUCCAUCGGAUUAUUUUAAGUUAAAAAACAGUCCCUACCCUCCUCCACUCACAGAGAAGGGAGCAGGCUACAUAUGGACGACUCUUAGAAAUGAAUUGGCUGUAUCUAAAAAAUGACAGUAAUUCUUCACUAAAAAUAUAUCAUCAGAUUUAAUAUCUAAAUUUAUAAAGAUAAUUUCUCUUUUACAUCACUUUUACAUCAGCUUUUUAAUACUUCUUGUUAAUCAUAUUAUUUUAAUCAAGAAUGUAAUUAAUUAGAUUGUUGAAUUAUAAAUAUAUAGAAAUUGUGAAACUGACAAAAAUGUGAUGCAUACUGAGUAUAUAUUACUGUAAUAAUGUAGAAAUCUUGGAAAAUACAACACAAGUUUACAAUA